ACUUAGUGUUGUGUGAAUUAAUUUGGUACGAAUUUGAAGUAAUUGUUGACAGUUUUUAAAGUGUUAUUUUGCGGAAAUGUCAUAUUGAGAGAUGGCACCUUUAAGGAUUCCUUCGGGUGAUUUUAUGAGUGAAGAUGGAUAUUAUAACUACUCGACGCAGGGGAGCCAGGAGGUGCGGCACCACUGGCGGCACCACAACCACUCGCACAUGAGGGAGGCUCACAGACACAAUAUGGUGGAUAUGCUGUCCAACUCUAUCAUGGAGGCGAUGAACAGUAAAUUCGUGCCUGAUAACAGCGUGCUGCCGGACCUGGAGCCGCUGUCCACGCACAUGGAGGGCGCGAUGCUGGAGCGGCACCCGCUGCGGAUGAACGUCACGCUGAACCGGUCAGACCUGGGGCCCAUCCCUGACGAGUUCAUGUACCGGCACGGCGGAGCCAUGACCGCGGUGUACUGCGCCGCCUACCUGCUGGUGUUCCUCGUGGGGCUGGUGGGGAACUGCUUCGUGAUCGCGGUCGUCUACCGCUCGCCGCGAAUGAGGACUGUGACCAACUUCUUUAUCGUGAACCUUGCUGUGGCGGACAUUCUGGUGAUCGUGUUCUGUCUGCCAGCCACGCUGAUGUCCAACAUAUUUGUCCCGUGGGUGCUCGGCUGGCUGAUGUGUAAGACGGUGCCGUACGUGCAGGGACUCUCCGUCGCCGCCUCAGUGUACAGCCUGGUGGCAGUCUCACUUGACAGAUUUUUGGCCAUUUGGUGGCCGUUGAAGUGCCAGAUCACCAAGCGCCGCGCGAGGAUGAUGAUCGUGUUCAUCUGGAUCUUCGCCAUCAGCGUCACCACUCCAUGGGUGUUCUUCUUCGACCUGGUCGUGGUCUUCGAUGACAACCCGAACGUCCGCCUCUGCCUGGACGUCUGGCCAAACCCCAUCAGCGAAGUCCUCUACUUCGUCAUUGGCAAUCUCAUCUUCUGCUACAUUCUCCCCAUGGUUCUUAUCACCAUGUGCUACAUCCUCAUCUGGAUCAAGGUCUGGAGAAGAUCCAUCCCCACCGACACACAAGACGCCCAAAUGGAAAGAAUGCAACAAAAAUCCAAAGUUAAAGUCGUCAAAAUGUUGGUCGCUGUCGUCAUACUAUUUGUCCUGUCCUGGUUCCCACUUUACUUGAUCUUCGCCAGAAUCAAACUCGGAGGACCAAUCCAAAAAUGGGAGGAAGAAAUGUUCCCAGUUGUCACACCUCUGGCCCAAUGGCUCGGUGCAUCCAACUCCUGCAUAAAUCCCAUUCUGUACGCGUUCUUCAACAAGAAGUACAGGAAGGGCUUCGUUGCUAUCAUCAAGAGUAGGAAGUGCUGUGGAAGGCUGCGGUAUUAUGAGACCAUUGCUCUGCAGUCAUCGAGCACGUCGACGAGAAAAUCUUGGCAUUACAAUAAUAAUAACCAUCCGUCGAUCACUCGGCGAUCUCCUCCCGUCGACAAGAAUGCGGUGUCGUUCAUCUUCAACCACACGGGGGUGUAAGGGGUGGGCGCUGGUGCUGCUUUGGAUUCUGAACUAGAGCCAUGGUCGGCUUGCGUCGCGCGCCGGGUCGCGAGCGGCCGGGGCGGCGCGUCUCUGCAUAUCGACACAAUACGACAUUUUCUAUUAUACGUUUUUAUUUCAAACAGUUUGGUGUUGUCUUGUGCGAGAACAGUUUAAUGACCUUCAAACUCACAUAGAGUAGUUAAGUGAACAUAAUCAGUGUUUUUAUUAAUGCUAGUAGUAAUAACUUGUAACUUUUAUACGUAAGUCGGUUAACAUGUUUUAAGGAGAUUUUAUUUUUACACUGAUUGUAAUAAUAUUAGGAGCGUACGGAGGAAACGCACAUCGAGCACAAAAAUGUAAAUGAAAACGAUUUUAUAAUUUUGUUUUUGUAUCUUUUAUUGAACAUUUUUGAGUAAGUAUAUAUUUCUGUUAAUAAUUUAAUCCAGUACAAAUAUCGAGCCUUGUUUUUGUGUACGAAACAGUUAUUACUUUUAGUGUUUCCUUAAUUGAAUGAUCCCAUAUCUCUUUUGAUGUUAUAUUUAUACGUCUAAACUAUCGAGGAUUUUUACAAAAAAAAUUAUUAAAAUAUAAAAAUACAUUAUAAUAUUAUAUGCCCAAAUAAAACACACU